GAUUCAUCCGUAGCUCAUAGUUCACAUAUCUUUGACUUUGAGAAAUUUUGAUGCAAGAAUAGAUGAGUGAGUGAGUCAGUGUACAGAAACCUGAAAGCUAAGAAAUGGAAGCUGCCCUAAUUUAUAGCACAGCUUCUUUGAUUCAUUCGCAUCUGCUUUACUCAACUGAAAACUUGUGUCUCAAUCCUCCUCCCUCACUCCACGUCUCCUCAACCUUUAUGGACACGCACAGCAAUGAUUUGAUGCCUGCAGAAAAAACAGGGAUAUAGAGACAGCAGCAGCCCUCUCUCUCUCUCUCUCUCUCUCUCUCUCUGCGUGUUUGUGCGUGGGGAUUUUCCAUCACACUUGUUCUUUCUUUCUUCUUCUUCUGCUGCUACUGUCAUCACCACUGUUCAGUAGUUUCUUGAAAAGAAAGAAAGACGUAAAGCUCACGCCAAUUCUUUUCCCUCUAAAAAAAGGUGGGAUCGCCUCUUCUAUCUUCUGCACUCUUUUUUAACCUUCAAUGGUAGAAUAAAAACCACCCCUACCAUAAAAACCCAGUCUUGGUUUGUAUCCCAAAUUUCUCACGAUGAAAGAGAGGGGAAAAGCAGUAGAGGAGGGCUCCAAGAACGACGACAAUUUCUCGGACUUCAAUUUCUUGGCCUCCUCGGAAAUGCCCUGUCAGAAGCACCCGAGUUCUUCCCCGGUUGGGAUCUGUCCCUACUGCCUUAAAGAUCGUCUGGUCAAAUUGGUUUGCUCCGAGUGCGGCGAGCAGCGCCUCUCUUCUUGCUCCUGCUCCGAUGUCUCGUCUUCUUACCGCAACUCGUGCAGCACGAUGGAGGUCGGGAGUGUCGGGAGGGUGUCGUUCUUGAUAGAGAACGACAAGGUCGACCCCCCGAAUCCCAAGUGGAAGAGAGGAGAAGACAGCAAGCAGCCCGAACAGGUCAUAUUUUUAAGGAGGAGCAGCAGCAGCUGUGUGGAGGUCAAGAGAAGCAAUGGCUUCUGGAGGAUCAAGCGUCUUUUCAAGAAGAAAAGGAGCGGGAAAGAUAACGGGGAGUGUUGCGACGAGAAGAGUGAGAUUUGGGUUUCUGACAUCAUGGGAGUGUCGAGGUCGAGGUCUCUCUGCAGUUUCAGGGGUGCUGUUGGGUACAGUGACCCUGAUGAAGGCAGUGAAUACGCCCUGUCGAGUGCCAAGAUUUCCGACGUCACCAGUGGGGUUUUUCUUGAUCAGUACAGUGAAUCGGAAUCUAGGAAAAGCGGGUUUAAGGGUGAUCAUGGGUUUGCAGAUUUCAGAGGAGGUAAAAGGGUUCUUGGAUCGAACCCUCCAAUUGAGCUCGACAGAUCGUACAGUGUUCAGAACAGGAGUGUUUUCCCAGCCAAGGAGAGUGACUUCAGCACCAUGGAUGAGUCUGCAUUCAUUGAUUUGAAGCUGGACUUGUCCGAGCCGAAGGUAGAGGGGAGAGUGAGUGGAGCUUCAGACCAGGGAGCGGGAAUUGAGACAGGCGGGAGCUUCAAAGGCAGCAAGGCUGUGUUUGGCAGCAGUGGAUCUUGCAGAAUGUCUGCGAGCGAAAGAGGAUUGAAAAGAGGCAGCAGAAACCACAAGAUUUGGAAAUGGAUCUUCAAGUAUCAUCAUACAGGGAUUAAGAAAAAGGAAAUCUUGAAAUCAUGAUGGAUCCCAGGCUUGGAAGCAAUAUUUAGUUUUUCUUAGUGAAUAGAAACUUGUUUUGAUCUCUCUCUCUACUUUAUUGGUUAGGUCUUUUAAAUAUUGUUCUUCUGUAUGUCUCUGUUUAUCUGUUGGCUUUUCCCUAUGUUAGGAUCUCUCUGUGAAUUUGGAACCGAGAACUUACACAAUGGAGAGAACUGAUUAAGGGUUUUGGGAAAUUCAAAUAAUCUGUGAACAAACUGAAAUUGAUUAAGAAAUAAGAAGGCAUUAAUGGCGGAUUAAGAAAUAACAAAAGAAGGCGCAUUAUAUAUAUUUUUUAUAAUGAGGAAAGUUAUAAAGAAGGAGACUUUAUCUCCUUUGACUCUGACCAGUCAGUGUCAACACAGAUGAAGGCAGAAACCCUAAACGCCUAUAAAAAACCCUCGAUUACAAAAUCCCCUCUCUCAGUCUCCCUCCCAAAUUUCCAUUUCUGCGUUCUCCUCUCAGUCGGGAACGCUCUAUCGCACCAUAGGAACUUGCAUUUGAGUAUUUGUUUUUUGGGAUUUUGUGAUGCAUA